UUGUUUUUGACAGUAGCCAUUCCAAGGUCACGAAAAUGGUACCGAUAAGACUUUCAUCGUGAAUAAUUGUUUCUGGUCGAUGGAUUAUGGGUUUAUUUUCAGUGAUUGCGUCCCAUUUCGCCUUUGACUGACUCAAAUCGCACCCACGAUGAGUUUCCUCUUCGGUAGCCGCUCGUCUAAGACCUUCAAGCCCAAAAAGAACAUCCCUGAAGGCACCCACCAAUACGAAUUAAUGAAACACGCUGCGGCCACUUUGGGCUCUGGAAACUUGCGUUUGGCGGUGAUGCUCCCCGAGGGCGAAGACCUCAACGAGUGGGUAGCCGUCAACACUGUAGAUUUCUUCAAUCAAAUCAACAUGUUGUACGGGACAAUCACCGAGUUUUGCACUGAGGAGAGUUGCCCCAUUAUGUCGGCGGGCCCCAAAUACGAAUACCAUUGGGCUGAUGGUCACACUGUUAAAAAACCGAUCAAGUGCUCUGCACCCAAAUACAUUGAUUAUCUCAUGACAUGGGUGCAAGACCAACUCGAUGAUGAGACGCUUUUUCCCUCGAAAAUUGGGGUUCCAUUUCCGAAGAAUUUUCUCUCGAUUGCUAAAACGAUUCUUAAGAGACUUUUUCGUGUCUAUGCACACAUUUACCAUCAACAUUUUAGUCAAGUUGUGCAAUUAGGGGAAGAGGCACAUCUCAAUACCUCUUUCAAGCAUUUUAUUUUUUUCGUUCAGGAAUUUAGUUUAAUUGAGCGACGAGAACAAGCCCCUCUUCAAGAAUUGAUCGAUAAAUUGACAGCAAAGGAAGCACGAUGAAAAACAAAUAUAGUGCCACAAAUCGUGAGACAGGGUACAGGAUUAUGGGGGCACUAUCUAUACUUAAAAACAAGAUAACAACUUAUUUAUUGCACUUAACCACGUAGGCGACAAUUUACUACUACUGAGUGUUGUUUGUUAAUUAAGCUUCAUUUUUCUAUAUAUUAUUUAUUAUAUUUUUGUUCCUGUUUUUUUUUCAAGUUUAUGAUUAGGUAUUUUUUGUAUUUUAUUGACCACAAUAAAUUGCGCUUUUAUUCAAUUUCA